ACGCGUCCGUGGAGUCGGCGAGGACCCUGCCAGCGGGUCGGGGGCGGGGCCUGAGCCAGUCUCUUCCGCCCCUGGCUUUCACUGCUUACCAGCUUUCUGGCAGUCAGUUUCAGUCCCCUGCCACUCUCCAGUCUCCAGCAUGCCUGGUCCGACUCCCAGCGGUACUAACGUGGGCUCCUCUGGGCGCUCCCCCAGCAAAGCAGUGGCUGCCCGGGCGGCGGGAUCCACCGUCCGGCAGAGGAAAAAUGCCAGCUGUGGAACAAGGAGCGCAGGCCGCACAACCUCAGCAGGCACAGGGGGCAUGUGGCGCUUCUACACCGAAGAUUCGCCUGGCCUCAAAGUUGGCCCUGUUCCAGUAUUGGUUAUGAGUCUUCUGUUCAUUGCUUCUGUAUUUAUGUUGCACAUUUGGGGCAAGUACACUCGUUCAUAGAUUCGGCUACAUCCAUCUGUUCGUCAUCUGAAGGAGAAGGAAGAAAAAACUCAGCAUAUCUUGGACCAAAAGUAUAGUGAUUUUCUGUUCAUGAAGAAGAAGUUUCCUGUAAGCUUACUAUUUUACAGGGAACCUAAUGAGAAUUUAUUUUAAGGAAUCAGUUUUUUUCUAUGGCUAAUAAACUUUUAAAUUCAUUUAUA